GCCAGUUUGCCGGCGUAGGCCCGGCUCCCGUCAACGGCUCUAGAAACCAAAAAAACAAUGAAACGUAAAUGAAAAUAAACAGACGCCCUCCGUUACCGACCCUCGCUGCUCUUGGCCCUUGGACGGUUCGAGCGGGUGCUGUCUGAGUAUGGAAUGGUCCACGUGUUGUCUGAAAAGGAGCAAGGAAAUGCAAAAGAUUACUGUAUCCAGUUCAACCCCUCCUGGGCAUAUUUACCUAUCGAUCUCAGUAAAGCGUCUCUCUUGCAGGUUCAAGACUUGACAUCUUCUGUGCUGUGCUCACCUUCAGAUGUGCCCCUACAUGGAUUUAACAACAGAAUUCCUAUGGUGAUGCGUGGAAACUGUACUUUCUAUGAUAAAGUGCGACUUGCACAAAUCAAUGGAGCCAAGGGAUUGCUCAUUGUCAGUAGAGAGAGCCUGGUGCCUCCAGGUGGAAAUGGGAGUCAGUACGAAGAGAUUGAUAUUCCAGUUGCUCUCCUAAGUUACGAUGAUAUGCUUGAUAUAUCAAAGACAUUUGGAAAAUCAGUCAAAGUGGCGAUGUAUGCCCCAAAGGAACCGUUCCUGGAUUAUAACAUGGUGGUUAUCUUUGUUAUGGCAGUUGGUACAGUAGCUAUUGGUGGCUAUUGGGCAGGAAGCAAAGAUGUAAAAAAGCGCUACAUGAAGCAAAAGCAUGAUGGAGCAGACAAACAAGAUGAUGAAACUAUUGAUGUGACACCAAUUAUGAUCUGUAUUUUCGUGGUUAUGUGCUGCUCAAUGCUGGUACUCCUUUACUACUUUUACGAUGAGCUAGUGUACAUAAUUAUAGGAAUUUUCUGCCUUGCCUCUUCCAUUGGACUUUAUAGCUGCCUGGCCCCAUUUGUUCAGAAAAUUCCUUCCUGUAAAUGCAGGACUCCAGACCUACCUCAUUGUCAUAAACGACCCCAAGUACGGAUGUUGUUUCUGGGUGUGUUUUGUGUCUCAAUUAGUUAUGUUUGGGCAGUAUUCAGAAAUGAAGACAAGUGGGCAUGGGUUUUGCAAGAUACUCUAGGAAUUGCCUUUUGCCUUUACAUGUUGAAAACAAUCAGACUGCCAACCUUCAAGGCUUGCACAUUACUGCUGGUGGUUCUGUUUGUAUAUGAUAUUUUCUUUGUCUUCAUUACUCCAUUUCUCACUCAGAGUGGCAAGAGUAUCAUGGUGGAAGUGGCUGCUGGUCCUUCAGAUUUCUCUACGCAUGAGAAGCUCCCAAUGGUACUGAAGGUGCCUCGGUUAAAUUCCUCGCCUUUGGCACUGUGUGACAGACCAUUCUCCCUCCUUGGCUUUGGUGAUGUCUUAAUACCAGGAAUGUUAGUGGCAUACUGCCACAGGUUUGAUAUUCAGGUGCAGACUUCAAGAAUCUACUUUGUAGCUUGCACAGUCGCUUAUGGGAUUGGUCUUCUCAUCACUUUUAUUGCUCUGGCACUGAUGCAGACGGGUCAACCAGCGCUCCUUUACCUGGUCCCAUGCACUCUGAUUACUAGCAUCUGUGUGGCUUGCUGGCGCAAGGAGGUGGCAAUGUUCUGGAGUGGAAGUGGAUUUGCGAGCAAUUCACACGUCACCUCGUGUGUUGCCUCGUCACCUCCAACUGCACCAAAGCUGGGAGAGCUCCACUCAAAGUCGGUAUCUUUAGUUACUGACAAAUGUCCACAGGGUGAUGACAAAUCAACUGCAACUACUCCACACCAUGAAGGAGAAGCCCUGACCACCUCACCAGCAACAUCCAUCAAGGAAAACGAAGCUGAACCUAGUGAGAACUUCCCGACAAAAGAUGAGAUGAGCCAAUCACAUUGCUGAUAAUGUACUCUAAUGCUAUUUUUCAGCGUGCUUACAGUUGGUUUAUAUACAAUGAAAUAGGAGCAGUAUCGCAGCAGAUGAAGGAGUACCCAGGGGGUGUUAAGUUCUCCUCCUAAAUUAUCAUGGCCAUUUGCACUGUACCAAACUAUUCCCAGCUCCCACAAUCAGUGACAGCUAUUCAAUGACCCUACUCAAGCUGCUUGCGUUCUCAAAGCUGACACCACUCAGUAUAGAAUAACCAUUACCUUCCUAAUUCUUAGAAUAAUCAAAUGUUCAUUGUAAGAAUGACUUGUCAGGCAAACAAUAAACUCAUUGCCAUAUCCCCUGCCCCUUCUGCCAUCAACUCUUCACAGCAAAUCUGCAGGCCUGAAGUUUUUUAAAUAAAUAUUUUUGGAGAUGUUAUUCAAUUUAUUCUUUCUGGACAUGAAUAACAAACUACUGAACAAUUUCUCCAACUUACUAGGAUGCUUACUUAAAGAUAGCUACUAUGGUAAGGAAGUUUCUGCAAAAUAACUAUUUCUCCUAAACUGAGUACUCCUAGCUUACAUCCCAUUGAAGAGGAAGAGUUGCACAUGGACUAUUUGUUGGGUAGAUGGCAAGUUUGGAAUAUAGUGAUGGGUAAUAUGAUCACUUAGGUUUAAUCAAAUGUAACAUCAACGUUGGGACUGUGAAUCUGAUGAGCCAUAUUUAUAGCACAGUAACAGUAGGAAUGUACAAUUCCAGCAAGGCUCUUUUGGCCUAUCUGAUCCAGAGUUCAUUAAUGAAACACAAUGUUCACAGCACAAGCAACUUUAGAACCAGAAUGGCUGAUUUACCAUUCCCACACAGCUUCUACAUAAUACCCUUUUUCCUUAGGUUUUCUUUUCUUUCUCCCUUGCCCCUCUCCCCAGCCUUCUCUACGCCAACCCCCUCUUCCCCCUCAAACUCUCUGCAUAAUAAUAACUUCAACUUCUCACUUGCCUGCUUCUGCCUGUGCUUCAUAACUCACAAUGAAGUUAUCUAGCACCAGAAAUAGCACUGAGGUUCCAUCCACUAUCAGUCUGCAGGAGGACUGAUGCUUUCUGUGUUUCUGAAUACCAAUCAUAUUUUGUUCCAAAAUCAUGUGGUCCUCAGAUUUCUUCCCUGGUUUGUUAAUCAUAGACAAAAUCUCUUUUUUGUUAAAUUAUCUGUAGAAUUCCCAGUAGUUCAAGGAUGGAAGUUAAUGCAGACUCAAGGAAUAUUAGAUCAUUUAAAUUUGGAUAUUAGAAUGUUACUCCUUAAUACACCCUCAUAUCUAAUAGAUAUUUAAUUUUUAAACAAAAAUAAAUUAUGUGCCACCCGUUCUGGUAAAAAUUGGUUAGGAAUUUCUCUUUGGUCAAACUCUUCAUAACUUGUUAAACUGAUUGGCCUCAUUUCUAUAGUGGAGCAACUUUAAGAACAAUUUUAAACUAUUCAGGGCAGUUGAACUGGACCUGAUCUACAUGGCAGUGAAGUGAAUUAAAUUUCAUUAGUUUGGAUUGAUAGUUUGUGGGUUGAUGGCGGUUUUAACUUCUCAAAAUUCUUGUAUUUAAGUUGUUUACUUGUACUUGGUAACAAGCUCUGUGCCUGUCACAUAAUUAACUGAGAACAGCAUCAAAAUAUCAUGUAACAUUGUUAAACAGCUUGACUGAUUGAAUGAAAUUUAAAAAUCUCUUGAAAACCUAAAAAAAAUCAUUUAGUCCAAAAAUAGUAGGUUCUGUGGCAUGUUCUCGAUGAAAUUACUGGGAAUCCAUGAAGUUAUCAAAAUCUUGACAUCAUAAUAUGUCAGAAAAUAAAAGCCUAUGUGGGCAGAAAUGAUUAAUCAUGUUUUCUAUGUGUUUAAUACAAAUACAUACAACUAAUAACAUCAGCCAAAAUAAGUAUCUUUGACUAAAGAGCUUUUUUUUAAAAAAAGGUGACUGCGUAGAUUUAAAACCCAAUUUAAAAAAAGGAACAUUCCUUUUAAAUUCUGUAUUAACCUCUCUUUUUACAUGGUGCUCUAAAUUAGGCAAUACCGUGAAAAUGAAUUUUAAGAAUAAAAAUGUGGCUUUUAUUUCUUUAUUUGAAAAUUGUGCAAUAAUAAGCCAAAUCUCUCAACAACCAGUUCCUCCAACAGAAACACAAACAGGAAAAUAAAGUCAACAUUAAACUUCUCUGACCGAUCAAGAGUUUCCUCAAGUUACUGUUGAUGAUUUAUCCCUAGUUAACAGACUGGGCACAAGAUUUAUUUAUUUUCACACAAUGACGCUGCUUGACAUACAUAUGGUACUGAUUCCAAUAAGACGUAUUUUCGUUAUUCUAAAAAAUCAUUUUGUGGAUUAUCAUUUCCAAAUAAAGCAUUUGUAGUUAAAAGAGCACUCUCUUUAAUUCUACUGUGCUAUGUUGAUUUGCCUUCAAUGCAAGAUGGGACCUAUGAUCAAGAAGAGGUUAGGAUAGUAGGCCUCUUGAUUCCGAUUCAUUGAUCCGUGCUGGAAGGAAAAUCCCAAUUUCCCAUUGUUACUUGUCCACGUAGAAUGCAAUUUGUCAAGAAGUACAAGGUAUUGUAUCUUAAGGGGAAAUCAAAACAAAGCACAAUAAAUGAUGUAUUAAAGAGUAUAGAGGCAUUCUCAGGUGUGUCAUAGUGUCAUAACCCUUCAGCCCAACAUG